AUGUGGACCUUAUUCCUGCUGUACGUGUGUUUGUGUGUGGCACCAGUAGAUGCACAUCAGGGGAGAAGAGUAGACAGCAAGCAGAUCUUCUUUGUGAAGAAGUAUGCUGCAUCUUCAUGGGAAGACAUUGCCAGUCAUCUUGGGAUUCCCUAUGACACUAUAGUGGUGUUUGAGAAGAAGCACAAGGACCCGAGGGACAGUUGUUGGGACAUGUUGCAUGAGUGGGCCAAGCAUAAGAAGAGUGCUGCUACAGAAGAAGAGCUUUAUAGGGCUCUUGUAGCAGCAGAAAGACGGGACAUUGCAGAAAGACUUCAGGAUAACAGAAAAGCAGAUAAUGAGGAAGAGGACUCCUACCUACCCGAAUGGUCAGCUGUGCAGAGUUUUGGAUGUGACACUGCUGCCAUGGCUGCCCACGUCGAGUACUUUAGAGAGUCCCUCACACAUCACUAUAGUUUGUUACAUGUGCUUAAACCGCUACCUUGGGAUCCCAGGUUCACCCUUGAACUUGAUGAAAUCUUUACUGAGCUUGAACUAGUCACAGUGCAGGGUCUUGAAAUGAGAAUGCCGCUCCGAUCCAUGCAUGAUGUCUUUGAACAGCACGUUUGUCCUGGCCCUCAUAUCUUAGUGAAAGGGGUGGCAGGGAGUGGGAAGUCAACUCUAUUGUCUAAGCUAGCAUUUGAUUGGUCCAAAGGAAGAGGAAAGCUGGCAGAUAUGAAGAAGUAUGUGCUACUAAUACGACUUCGGGAGGUUGAGCCAGGAGAAUCAAUUGCAGAAAUUGUUUGGGACCAGUGUGUCACUAAGUCAACAAAGGGACUCAGCAUUGGCUUGAUAGAGAGGUAUCUAAGGGAACAUGAGUCAAAACUUGUCUUCCUCCUAGAUGGCUAUGAUGAGCUGCCUCAUGGAGUCAAGAGCAUUCCUGAACUCUUGGCUGGGACCUGGUAUCCCAACAGCACAGUCUUAGUCACUUCUAGACCUUCCUCAGGCAUUGAAGUUGAGAGGAAGAUGGCAGUUAAUUGCUCCGUAAUGAUAGUGGGGUUUUCCCCCGACCAUGUGGAGCAGUACAUGACAAAGUACUUCAAAGCAGUAGGAAACCCAGGACUGGCCCCAUCCCUUGUACAAGCAGUCCAGGCUGACAUUGUAGCCAAAAGCCUUAUGCAGACCCCAAUGUUUGUCAUGCUGAUCUGUGUGUUGUGGGAAGAAGAUCCAACUCGAGUGUUCCCAGGGACGAUGUCAGGUCUGUAUCACGAGCUGCUGAUAUGUUUAGUGAGAAAGUACUGUAAAAGGGAGGACAUAGCCAUGCUUGGUGAUGAAAUGCCGGCAGAUAUAUCGUAUGCACUGUUGUUGCUGGGUGAACACGCCUUUAAGUCACUGAAGAGAGACCAGGCCUUGAUAGAUCUUGAUGAAACAACAACACUACUCAAAAGGGAUACUGACAUCUUACUGAAACUUGGCAUUGUUUCCAAAGAAGUGUCUGCAUCCAGACUGCACCCAAGAGAACAGUUGAACUUUCCUCACAAGACCAUGCAGGAGUUUCUUGCAAGUAGAUAUAUUGCACAAAAUCUCUCCUCUUCUUCUUCUUAUUUCUCUUUCUUUUCUUCUGCAAACAUAGAAGACUUUGUGAGUCUGCAGAGCAUAGGGAGUUUACUUCACAAUGAAGGCCUGUUACAGUUUAUCUGUGGCUCUGGGGAUCCAGCUUCUAGAAUGGUUCUAGAAAAGGUUAACUUGUUGAUACCACGCAUGACAUUUUCUCAGCAUAGUAACCCAUUUGAAUUCGCUGAGAAAUUGAACAGUGAUGAAUUGUGCCUAGUUUGCCUACACGAAAGCCAAGAUCCCAGUCUUGUCCCCAUACUGAAAGGAACCUUGUCCUUCAAAGAUGCAAGUCUUACAAUCAGAGUCCCUUCCAGACAAGGGGCUGCCCUGAUGUUCUAUCUCGCUCAUGCGGAAGGAAUGCCUCUGUCCAAGGUACUGAAUCUGACAUUAGAGGAGACUGGCCAAGGAGAAGCAAUGAAGCAUCUCUGCAAACUAGUUAAAAGCCCUUUGCCUGACCUACAGCGGCUAGAUGUCAAAUGUCAGAUUGGCAAUAAUCUUGAGUACUUAACACCUUUGCUGAGGAAUGUUCCCAGUCUUCGUUUCCUAAAUCUUGCAAACACAGGUCUUACUGAGAUGUCAAUGGAUGCCCUUAGACAGGCCCUGACACAUGUGCCAUUGCUGGAGGAACUAGAUCUUUCAUGGAAUAAAAAUAUAGGAGAUAAUGGGAUCAUAAGGUUGAGUGAAGGGUUCGGAUCCACCCUGAACCUUAAAAGACUCGACUUGUCUCAUAACAAAAUAAGUGAUGCAGGGUGUCAGUUAUUGGUUUCCAUCCUACAUGGUCUUAAUUUGGAAGAGCUGAAACUGAAUCAUAACAACAUAGGAAAUGCUAAGUUGGAAACAUUUGCUGCCAUGCAAAAUCCUAUACCCAGUCUAAAAGAACUCUGGCUCUAUGAUAAUCUGAUAACUGACAUCUCCCUUCAAUCCUUGGUUACCAACCUGCACCUUGUCCCCAAUCUGCAGAUUCUAAUGAUAGGAUUCAAUAUGAUGACAAAAGAAGGCAUUGUUAACUUUGCACAGACCAUUGACAGGAUAGCCGCACUAGAAGAACUAACUUUUAUCCCCUGGGAGACUGUUUACCUCGAUAACACUGAAGUGAUGAGUAUUACAGCCAUGCUGGGCAGGCUGCCUGCCCUGCGUGUAUUUGGGCUGUACAACACUGGUAUGGAGGCUGCUGGGUUCAAGGCUUUCAUGGAAGCUGCAGAGGAGCAUCCUACCUUAAAAGAAAUACAGUAUUCUGAAGGCUUAGUGCCAAAGGGAGAAGAAACCGGCUAUAGCUUACUAACAUUAAUGCCCCCAUUACCUGCUGAUCAACGACACGUGAUCAAGAAUAUCAGAGAGGAUGACAACAGCAGUGAUGGUUAUAAACAUAUAUUUGACAACCCAUCCCCAUACUUAUUCCAGUCACCAAACACAACAGUAUGAGCACCACAUACAUGGAUAUAACCUUUUCUGGCUUAUCUAUACUUUAUAUGUAACCUUUAUAUGUUUGGACCUACACAGGUAAACCAACUUACAGCAAGGAGAGUAUCAAUGUACACUGUACGCUAGGUAUAAAACAAGACAGACGCAUUGCCUUUGUGUUCUGCAUUUAAUUUUCACUGUUCCCUUCUUUGUUUUGGACACCAUUAUACCUUACAUGAAUAUUGUACUUGGUCCAUAUAUAGGUAGUAUGAGAAGUUUGUGCCAGAUACUGUAAAUAUCACCAAAAACUUGUGGUUUGUACAUGUAUAUCAUAAUAAUUUCAUCAACUUACCCAUUUUUGGUUUACAUGUACUUGAUGAUAUCUCUUUUGUAGUGUUUCACUGUGUUUGUAUACUUGAAUUUGUUUCCCUUUUAGUAUUUACUUAAGAAGUUUGUGCCCGAUACUGUAAAUAUCACCAACCAUUUGUGGUUUGUAUAUCGUGAUAAUUUCAUCAAGUGACCCAUUUUUGGUUUACAUGUAACAUUACCUGAUG